ACACAUCAACCAUCCACAAACAUUCGUUGCUCGCCAAAAAUAUUUACCGAUUUUGAAAUCAGCAAAUGAAAUGAGAAUUUUAAUAGCUGAACAAAUGUUGUGAUAAUUUUUGUUUUCUUUUUGAAGAAAUUAAAUCAUAUUGAAAACGAGAUUUGUACAUUUUGUUCGUUAUAUAAAUUCGGUUGGAGUAGCAGUGAGCAAAGAUGUAAGCGAUUUUGUGCCAUAUUGCCUUUGUUUGUAUGUAAUAAUGGGAGGCUAAUGAAAUCGAGUGUCAUUAAAGUCGCUUUUCGACUGCCAUUCGAGCACAAAAACGAUUCCCAACGAACAGUGUAAACAGUAACUUUGACAUUUUCGUGUGUGACAGCUGAUAAAUUUUCUAUAGAGCUUCGUUUGGUACCAACAAAUAGUUUAUUUAAUCAAAUUUAGACAAAGGAAAAUUGUGAUAUAAUUUCGGUUCAAUGACAUCGACCAAUAUAAAUGAUUUACCAGACGAAGUCCUGGAGUUCAUUUUUGGUCAUAUGCCACCAUACAAAGAUUUGGAAUCGUGCGCAUUAGUUUGUAAACGAUGGACAAUCAUUGUUCGAAACGUACGACGACACACAGUCUUGAAUUUCAGUAAAGGCUUAUUGGAUUUUCGUUUAUGCUGGAAGCCAUGGAACAGUAUCGAUGUCGCUCCAACCAUUGCUGGCCGUUUUUCACACUCAGCUGUUAUUUACAAAAAUUCAAUGUUCGUUUUUGGCGGUGGCUCGUCAACGGCAACUACAUUCAAUGACUUGUGGCGCUUUGAUUUGUCGACCCGAAAAUGGGAGCGACCCAUUUCGAUGGGAAAUUAUCCAUCGCCAAAAGCAUGUGCCACAUUGGUGUGUUAUAAGAAUUCGUUGAUUUUAUUCGGUGGAUGGCGACAUCCAACGGCAUUCCCACCGUAUCAGUCGUGGCGUCUAUUCGAUGAACUUCAUUCGUACAAUGUUAUCGAAAACCGUUGGGUAUUAAUAAACACAUUAGAUGGAAAUUCACCGCCACCAGUGACCGGCCAUUCAGCAUCGAUACACAACGAUUCGAUGAUCGUAUUUGGUGGUUUUUCACAAGACGAGCACACGGGCACCAGCAAAAAUGAUUUAUGGUCAUUCGAUUUAAGGUCAUUGGUAUGGACACGAAAAGAAACAUGCCAAGUGAAACCAGCACCGCGUUACGGCCAAUUUCAAAUAGCUUUAAGUGAUAAUCAUUGCCUUAUAAUGGGUGGAUGCGGAGGACCCAAUAAUCUAUACAACGAUGCCUGGCUGUUGGACAUGUCACAAGAGCCGUGGCAAUGGCGACAAAUUACAAUCAAAAACAAAAAAUGGGCCGCAACUCAUAUGUGGUGCAAUCCAGCGUGCAAGGUGGGGUCGAAAUUAAUCAUUUUGGGACCAGUAGCAUCAGCGCUAACGGAUUUCCAAAUGAUUCGACACCAAGUGCUGCCAUCAAAUCGCAAUAAUCACUUACGCGUAAAUGCGAAUCCACCAAUGCCACCGAAUCAGAAUAAUCCACGAUCACCACAAGUGGCCAAUCUUCGAAACCUUCUUGGUGAACCAUCGAAUCGUCGUGCUGCCGAGGAAGCGAAUCGUCUACAAAACAAUGUUCGACAAAACCUUUUGAAUAUGGACGAACAACCAAAUCAACCGAAUGUCAAUAAUGAUGAUGAUGUACAGAAUCGAUUACAGAGGAAUCUUCAUUUGCGCAGUCGUCGCCACGAAAAUGAUAUGUUUAAUAUGCCAAAACGUUUUAGUGAAUCAUCCGCCCCAUCGCACGAUCGCAUGAAUGCGAUGGCCGCAUUCAACGAUACCAAUCCAGACAGUCCAUCGACGAGCAAGGCAUCGCCACGUGAGAAACGCCUGCAAUCGUUGCGUCGAAUGGAGGAGAAAAUAUCAAAAAAAGCAAUUCGACAAGUGAACUCAGCACCCGAUCCGAUUGAUGAUCAACCAGCUCCACAAAAACGCAUCAAACGCAAUUGUAUUGGCUUGUUUGUCUGUGAUAUUUCAAAUGUUUUGCUAGCUGAAAAUCCGUUCAUCGAAUGGGUUGAACAUAAAAAUUUCGGGCACAUUGAAAAAGCGCCGGAACGUUUAAUUCUGUCAUCACUGGUGGCAGGUAAUGGAGAAUUGAUCAUGUUUGGCGGUCUUCGAAAAGAAUCACUAUCCAAAUCAUCCGAUGCGACAAUGCAAGUAUCAAACGCAAUGCACUUCUUACAAGUACCGAGAGAAGUUAUAUGAGUAGAGAAUAUUUGAGUAGAUUGUAAUUAAAAUUGUCUGCUUUUCUUUCUUUCUUUCUUUCAUUCAUUCAUUCAUUUAAAUGUUAAUUUACAUUAUUAGUAAAAGUAACUAUAAUCGAAAUAAAAAAACACAAUUAUCAGCUA